UCAUGACUUUCUAUAGGAAAAUGGAAGGUUGAAUUCCCUGUAAUCGUGUAGGAAAAUGGAGAUUCAACUCACUCUCACUCGAAGUUAACCACUUCAUUGUCCUCUGUUCCGCCAUUAUGUUGUGGAAGGAUGAGGAUGAUGCUUUGCUAAAGCAGGCCCUUGCAUUGUCAAUGAAUAUCCCUGGAUCUGAUUCUUCUGUUGGUGAUGCUGAGAUGUCUGAGGCUACUAAUGAUCAGGAAUUGGCCAUGGCACUUCAGAUGUUCAUGCUGAACGGUUCAAUAGAUCAAUCAGAAGAGUCAGAUGUCAGCAAGGUGUUGGGAGAUCAGUCUUUUAUGCCAUCCAUCAUUUCAUCAGAGUUGACCCAAAUGUGAAAGAUUUGCUAUUUUCAUUGCCAGCCCAGUCUGAGGUUUGAUCCUAAUCUACCUUCGAGUCGGCUGUUUUU